AUGUUCUAUUCAACUGAAUUUGUUAACGAGAACAAAACGCAAGAUUAUACUGAGCUAUGCGACCCGAUGGUUUGCGCACAAAAUGGGAACUUCACUUGGAACGACACCUAUGGAAAUUUCACAAGAUUCCUCCCAUACUCCUGCAAGACGACGAAAUCUGAAGUGUUCUUCACGUCAUUUACGUUUCACUUUUGUGUAUACUUCAUGUACAGUGUGAUAUUCGUGAUCGCCCUUUUCGGAAAUGGCCUAGUGUGUUUCGUUGUACGGACUUCGCCGCGAAUGAAAACUGUGACGAACUUUUUCAUUGCGAAUUUGGCCAUUGGUGACAUUAUGAUGACCAUAUUCUGCGUUCCAUUUUCCUUUGUGUCGAUGCUAGUGUUACGCUACUGGCCGUUUGGGGCUGUGAUGUGCAAAAUAGUGAACUUCUCGCAAGCGGUGUCUGUGCUUGUUAGUGCGUAUACACUGUUAGCUAUAUCUGUGGAUAGGUAUAUAGUGAUAAUGCAGCCGUUGAAGCCUCGAUUGGGCAAGGCCGCGGCGAAAAUGGUAAUAUUAUGCGUGUGGUGUGGGGCCAUGGCGACGGCGGCUCCAAUACUCAUAGUAUCACGCUUGCAGAGGCCCUCCAUUUGGCAUGAGGUUUGUGAACUAGACGUCUGCACAGAAAUUUGGUCGACGCCUAAGCAAAGCGAACAUUACACCUGCGCACUGCUCACCCUGCAGUUUGCAUUACCCCUCGCGGCGCUGGUGUGUACGUAUGCGAGGAUCGCGUAUGUGGUCUGGGGGGUCAGACCGCCUGGAGAAGCAGAGAUGAUCAGGGACUCGAGGAUGCAGCUUUCUAAGAGGAAGAUGAUCAAGAUGAUGGUAACAGUGGUGACGGUGUUUACAAUUUGUUGGCUGCCUCUCAACGUAUUUUUAAUGCUGUGGAGUGCUCACGAAGAUGACGAAGAAUGGACAGCUUGGCCCGGGAUGCCGUACGUGUGGUUCGCGAGCCACUGGCUGGCGAUGUCGCACUGCUGCUACAACCCCAUCAUCUACUGCUACAUGAACUCGCGAUACCGGCGGGGCUUCCAGCAGGCGCUCAAGACGGUGAUUUGCCUAACUAAGAAGCCCACCAGCUGCUCGUACCAUCGUUCGAGCAUUUGUGAAGGAGUCCCUAUGUCGGAACUAGGUCCAAAUGGAACUCUGGCCAGGCGACCAACCUGUAACUGCCGAAUGAAGAAUGGCGACGGCAGCGGCAAGUGUUCCACUACCUCUAUAAAACAAAUAAAUAUGUUACAUCCGAAUAGCAUCCACAAGACUAUGAAUAAACGUUCCCCGUCUGUCCAUUCGAGACAGUACUAA